AUUUUUUCAGCCUUCUUUUGCUUUGUGAGAUAUUUAACCAUUCCGAGGCCUAGACCGCGGUUAGCUCCGGUGAUAAGCACGGUUUUCAUUUUGCGAAGUUCAGUAUAGUUGUGAAUUUGCUACGUAAAACAAAAAUGUUUGCAUAGGUGCAAGUGUACACUUAUUUGUAGAUUGUGGUAGUAAAUGUCAUACGUCAAUAUGACAAUGUUAAGCAAUUUUCUAAAGAUUUCGAACUCAAACAGGCCUUUACAAAGGAUUGAGAGUAUAUUUUUAUUAACACGACGCACCUUCUCGAGCCAUGGCACAUUUGACUAUGACCUGGCGGUUAUCGGUGGAGGCUCUGGAGGCUUGGCCUGUGCGAAAGAAGCUGUUAACCAUGGUGCAAAAGUGGCAGUGUUAGAUUAUGUAACCCCUUCGCCGCUGGGCACAAAAUGGGGCCUGGGUGGUACAUGUGUUAAUGUUGGUUGUAUACCCAAGAAGUUGAUGCACCAGGCUGCUCUUCUCGGAGAAAGUAUACAUGAAGCGGUGUCAUACGGCUGGGAAGUGCCAUCUCCUAAAGACAUCAAGAUCAACUGGACCUCGUUAACAGAAGCUGUACAGAACCACAUCAAAUCAGUCAACUGGGUGACACGAGUCGACCUUAGAGAUAAGAAGAUUGAAUACAUUAACGGUUUAGGAGAGUUUAAGGACGCGCAUACGAUAGUGGCGACACUAAAGAAUGGCAGCAAAAAGGAGUUGACGGCUAAGAACGUUGUGAUAGCGGUUGGCGGCCGGCCGCACUAUCCGGACAUACCUGGUGCGCUGGAAUACUGUAUUAGCAGCGAUGACAUCUUCAGCCUGUCGUAUCCACCGGGCAAGACGCUCGUCGUCGGAGCUGGUUACAUCGGUCUGGAAUGCGCGGGCUUCCUGAACUCUCUGGGGUACUCCGCGACGGUGCUGGUGAGGUCUGUGCCGCUGCGUGGGUUCGACCAGCAGAUGGCACAGCUGGUGACGGCGGAGAUGGAGGAGCGCGGUGUCCGCUUCCAUCACAAGUGUGUGCCUCUCUCCGUUGAGAAACUCGAGAGCGGACAGCUCAAGGCGCGGUGGCAGAACACCGAUACAGGGGAACAAUCAGAGGACGUGUUCGACACGGUGCUGAUGGCGACGGGCCGCUAUGCGCUCACCAAGGCACUGAACCUGCCGGCCGCCGGCGUCACUGUGGUGACUGAGAGUGGUAAGAUCUCUGCGCCGACGGAGCAGACGAACGUGGGGCACAUCUUCGCGGUGGGGGACGUGCUGGAGGGGCGGCCGGAGCUGACGCCGGUGGCGAUCCACGCGGGGCGGCUGCUGGCGCGCAGGCUGUUCGCCGCCGCGCCGCACCACAUGGACUACGACAACGUCGCCACCACCGUCUUCACCCCGCUCGAGUACGGCUGCGUCGGACUCAGCGAGGAGGCAGCGGUGGCGAGACUGGGCGAGGACGCAGUAGAGGUGUACCACGCGUACUACAAGCCGACAGAGUUCUUCAUCCCGCAGCGCAACAUCCGCAACUGCUACCUGAAGGCGGUGGCGGAGCGCGCGCCGCCGCAGCAGGUCCUCGGCCUGCACUUCGUAGGCCCGGUCGCCGGAGAGGUCAUACAGGGCUUCGCCGCCGCCAUCAAAUGUGGCCUCACAAUGGAGCAGCUAAUGAACACGGUGGGCAUCCACCCAACUGUCGCCGAGGAGUUCACCAGGCUCAACAUCACCAAGCGCUCCGGCAAGGACCCCAACCCCGCCUCCUGCUGCAGCUAGACAUCCCCCAACUACCAAUCGCACUUUCCCCUCUCUCCCCUCUCUCCCCACACGACCAACAUAGACAAUAUUCCAAUAUGUAAAGUAAAAUCAAUUAUUUAUAAUGUUUUAAACUUUAUUCGAAUUUGUUGAUUGUGAAAAAGAUUCUGUCACAAAUGAGCAUUUGAACAAAUAAUUGAAUUAAAUUUAUUUACCAUUAA